AUGACUUUGUUCCCCACCAAGUUUGAAAAUGGGAAGAUUGAGUACAAGAUAAGGUACAAGGGGAGAUCAAGGCCAUUCUCUAGAGCCAAGGCCUUGGUGACUUCAGAACAGUCCAGGGACCCAACCAAGCUAAAGGAGCUUCUGUCUCAAGUCCUCACUAUCACCCUUGAUGGUACUUUAGUGAAGCAACAAGUUCAAGAUGUUGAGAGUGAGGGAAGUCGCAGCUUCAAAGGAAAGGCAGAGAAGCAAGGAGAAUGGAGAAAGGAUUAA